UGAUGGAUUAAAACAUGGACGCUGCACACGUGGAAAUGCUAGCAGGCGCUUUUGUGUCCAUCGUUCAGGCUCACGGUCCCAGAAUGCACUGCGCACUGCCGUCCCAGCGGCUGUUGGCAUCACUGAAUACAAAGGAGUUCAGAAUGAAGAGAUCCUGAAGGAUGAGCUGCCAGUCCUUGGUGCCCCGGACACCAUGGAGAAGACUGCCAGCAGGUCACACACACACACACACACACACACACACACACACACACAGCGGCCUUUGCUUCAUGUAAAUGUAUCAUUCACAUGCCAAAUGAAGCUGUGAUGAAGGGAAACGUGGAAGAGGAGCUUUGCUUGCUGCCUUUGCUAAACAGAUGGUGUCCUUUACUUUAAGUUUUACUCGCCACACAUAGAACAGGCUUUACACUUCCUUUCAUGGCGAGCCCACGAGAGCAGAGCUCUUACCUGAAGCGCUCUGGUUUCCCUUUGUGGUUUGUUUGUGUCCCUCAGGCGACCGACAAGUCCAGCAUCCAGCGUCUGACCGAGAGCUUCGUCACCAAGCUGCAGGCGGACUUCACCUCCACCGUCAGCACCAUCUACAGGACCAGUGAGAAGCUGCAGACGGCCUGCAGGACCUCCUCCACCGCCGACCUCUGUGACCGAUGUCUGCUCUGCAUGUGCGCGCUGGACACGGCUGCUGGUGAAUAACCAUAAACCACCACGGAUGCUUUUUGUCCCUCCGUUCAUUCCGUAUGGGACGGAGGCCACGCGCGUCCCCACAGGGGAGCACGGAAGGGUUCUCCUUAUUUAAAAAAUGACAGGAUACCAAUCACACCACAAUGCACCACACUGUAGCAUUUAAGGGCUUAACCACAGAGAACAUCUCUGCAACGUUAUUGUCUAUUUGAAUAAUCUGAGGGUCAUAACUUUAAUAGGUCACCUGUUCACUUGCUUGUGAACACGA